AUGCCCGUGAGACCGAAUCCUAUAGCUUUCAAUACCAUCAUAAAUGGGUAUUGCAAGAAAGGCGAUAUGGAAAACGCCAAAUCUCUGUUUAGCCUAAUGGCGUCUGGUGACAAAGAUUGCUUGCCCGAUAUAGUCACUUAUAGUACAAUGGUUGAUGGCUAUUGCAAGAUCGGAGAAUUCGACGAGGCAAUGGGUUACAUGGGAGAGAUGAUGAAGAUCGGCCAUGAGCCAAAUAUCGUGACGUUCAAUGCGAUAAUCUAUGCUUUGUGUUUGCGAGGGAAAGUAGAUGAAGCGAAGAGAAUGAUGACGGAGAUGAGAUUGAAUGGUGUGAAGGAAAAUUUAGCGACUCAUACAAGCAUUCUAAGAGGGUUUUGCUUUGCCAGGAGAUCGGAUGAAGCCUUUCAAUACUUCAAGCAAAUGGGAAACUCCAACACGAGCUUGGACGCAAAAUGCUAUGAACUAAUAGUUCGCGAGUAUUGCAAGGUGAAGAAACCAGAUAAAGCUUUAUCCCUUAUUGCAGAAAUGCGGAAAAAGAAGAUGAACCUCAAAGUUUCAAGCUUUAAUUCCGUGAUUAGUGUUCUUGUGGCUAGGAAUGACCUUAACUUAGCCAUGUCCAUAUUGAAGGGCAUGCCGGAAAUGGGUUGCCCUCCAAAUUUCGUGACGUUCAAUACAGUGAUAAGCAGCCUCUGCCGAAUGAGAGGAAUGAUGGCUCAGGCUCAGGAACUUGUUCUUGAGAUGCGUCGGAAGGGAGUGAACCUUGAUGCUUGUCUGUACGGUGAAUUAGUUAAAGGUUAUUACCGAGAUGGAAACAGAACGAAAGCAGAGGAAGUUCUCAGAGAAGCCAUUGUGGAAGGUUAUAUCAUCGACGAUGAUAGUUUCCUUGCAAAGGUGUGUCUGGAGAUGCAGACGAAAGCCGGGUGGGCGAAAACGAUUUUUUGA